UACUAUUCAUCUUCUUCUUCUCCAUAUUCCCAAGAGAUAAUAUAACUUCUGUAUUGACGCCAUGCCUGAGGCUUUAGAAAGGUCCGCGGAUGAAAGAAAUCUGGAGGAAAGCAACAACAGGAUUCUCCAGUUCAUCGAAGACGUUACUAGUAACGCUGGGCAAGUUCAAGAAAGGGUUCUCAACGCCAUACUUUCUCGUAAUGCCGGCGUCGAAUACUUGCUCCGCCACGGCCUUAACGGGCGGACUGACAGAGAAACGUUCAAGAAGCUCGUCCCCGUCGUGACGUACGAGGAUGUCAAGCCUGAUAUUGAUCGUGUUGCUAAUGGUGAACCUUCUUCCAUCAUUUGUUCUCAACCCAUUUCCGAGUUCUUGACAAGCUCGGGAACUUCGCGGGGAGAGAGGAAGCUGAUGCCGACGAUAGAAGAAGAACUAGAAAGAAAGUCGUUGCUUUACAGCCUAUUAAUGCCGGUGAUGAACCAAUUUGUGCCGGAUUUGCACAAGGGGAAAGCCAUGUAUUUCCUGUUUGUUAAAGAAGAAGCCAGAACUCCAGGCGGACUUCUGGCACGGCCAGUUCUAACGAGCUAUCACAAAAGCUCUCAUUUCAAGGAAAGGUCAUAUGAUCCCUACACGGAUUACACCAGCCCCAACGAAACCAUUCUCUGCACCGAUUCAUUCCAAAGCAUGUACUCUCAGAUGCUCUGCGGCCUCUGGUAUGGCGACCAAGUUCUCCGCGUCGGCGCCAUCUUCGCCUCCGCCUUCAUCCGCGCCAUUCAUUUCCUGGAAAAGCACUGGCGGCUUCUCUGUCAUGAUAUCCGGACCGGAACGUUGAAUCCCAGAAUUACAGACCCUUCUGUGAGGGAAGCCGUGGCGAUAAUAUUGAAACCUAACCCGGAGCUCGCUGAGUUCAUUGAGAAAGAAUGCGGGAAAGAGUCGUGGAAAGGUAUUAUUCCGAGGAUAUGGCGUAAUACCAAGUACAUUGAAGUUAUAGUGACAGGUGCCAUGUCUCAGUACAUUCCUACUCUCAAUUAUUUUGGCAAUGAUCUUCCCCUCGUCUGUACCAUGUAUGCUUCUUCCGAGUGUUAUUUCGCUGUAAACCUUAAUCCUCUUUCCAAGCCCAGCGAGGUUGCUUAUACCAUCAUCCCUACCAUGGCGUAUUUCGAGUUCUUGCCCGUUUCUCGCGGAACCGGAGUGCCCGAAUCCAACCCGGUUGAACUUGUGGAUCUUGUAGAUGUUAAACUCGGGCAAGAAUAUGAGCUCGUCGUCACCACUUACGCAGGGUUGUAUCGUUAUCGUGUGGGUGACAUUCUCCGGGUCGCCGGAUUCAAGAACAACGCGCCGCAAUUUAACUUCGUGUGUCGGAAGAACGUCGCGCUCAGCAUAGACUCCGACAAAACGGACGAGGUAGAGCUACAUAACGCCGUCAAGAAUGCGUCCAACAUUCUUCUGCCGUUUGAUGCGUCGUUAAUAGAGUACACCAGCCAUGCAAACACGUCCACCAUCCCCGGACACUACGUCCUCUACUGGGAAAUCAGCCAGUCGUCGGAAAACCCAAUUCCUCCCUACAUUUUCGAGGACUGCUGCCUCGCCGUCGAAGAAUCGCUCAACAGCGUUUACCGGCAGUGCCGCGUCUACGACAAGUCCAUCGGGCCGCUGGAAAUCAGGAUAGUGGAGAACGGCACGUUCGAUAAGAUGAUGGACUACGCCAUCGCCAACGGCGGCUCGUCGAUUAAUCAGUACAAGGCGCCGCGCUGUGUGACGCACGCUCCGAUUGUGGAGCUUCUUGACUCGCGAGUUGUGUCAAAUUAUUUCAGUCCUAAACCUCCCAAAUGGGCUCCCGGUCAAAAGCAUUGGAACACAAACUAAAAUGGCCUGGAGACUUUACGGACCAUUAAUGUUGUCACUAAGCAUGGAUGUUAAAUUAUAUUCUACUGUUUUGUCUUCUACAAUUUGUCUUUCUGCAUCCUAUUAUUCUAGCUCUUGUAGCUUUGUAUGUCCUUAUCCAAAAAUAACCAAUAAGAAAAGCAUCAUUAUUUUACCAAA